GCGCGGCCUCCUUGCCGCCCCCCGCCGCCUGUCCUCACCGCCUGGCGCCCGAGCUGCCCGCGGUCUGGGUCCUCGCGGUCGGAACCGCCACGGCCGGGCCCCCAAACGAGGCCGAGAUGACUUCCAAGGAGGACAGCAAGGUGGCGCCGGGGGAGGAGCGGCGGCGCAGCCCCCUGGACCACCUGCCGCCGCCCGCCAACUCCAACAAGCCGCUGACGCCGUUCAGCAUCGAGGACAUCCUCAACAAGCCGUCCGUGCGGAGAAGUUACUCGCUGUGCGGGGCGGCGCACCUGCUGGCGGCCGCGGACAAGCACGCGCCGGGCGGCUUGCCCCUGGCGGGCCGCGCGCUGCUCUCGCAGACCUCGCCGCUGUGCGCGCUGGAGGAGCUCGCCAGCAAGACCUUUAAGGGGCUGGAGGUCAGCGUCCUGCAGGCGGCCGAAGGCCGAGAUGGGAUGACCAUCUUUGGGCAGCGGCAGACCCCCAAGAAGCGGCGAAAGUCGCGCACGGCCUUCACUAACCACCAGAUCUACGAGCUGGAAAAGCGAUUCCUGUACCAGAAGUACCUGUCCCCGGCAGACCGCGACCAAAUCGCGCAGCAGCUGGGCCUCACCAACGCCCAGGUCAUCACCUGGUUCCAGAACCGGCGUGCCAAGCUCAAGCGGGACCUGGAGGAGAUGAAGGCCGACGUGGAGUCCGCCAAGAAACUGGGUCCCAGCGGGCAGAUGGACAUCGUUGCGCUGGCCGAACUCGAGCAGAACUCGGAGGCCGCAGGCGGCGGCAGCGGCUGCGGCAGGGCCAAGUCGAGGCCGGGCUCCCCGGCGCUCCCCCCAGGCGCCCCGCAGGGCCCGGGCGCCGGACCCUUGCAGCUCUCGCCGGCCUCUCCGCUCACGGACCAGCGGACCAGCAGCCAGGACUGCUCAGAGGACGAGGAAGACGAAGAGAUCGACGUGGACGACUGAGCGGCGGCGUCUCCUGCCUUCUCGGUCCUCUAGCUCGAGCGCCGCCGCCUCCGGACCUGACCUGGAGGGGAGCGAGGAUGCCUCCGCAGCUCCUGCUUCCUUCCCUGUCCCCAGGCCUGGACUCCCGGCAGCCGCUCUUCCCUCUCAAAGCAAUAAACCCUGGCGGACUGGGCCGGCGCCUCGCCUCGAGCGGCCUCCGCUGCCUGAGCCCUCGCCGUGCAAUUCUGUAUGGCUUCUGUAUGAAUAUUUAAACCUAUAUAGUGAGUCCUUCCCACCGCAGCCUGAAUUCUUUUCUUUCUCUUAUUUUUUUAAACACCAGAUACUUCGAUGUUUGCGAAGCUCUGGCUUGCAGGGCUGGCUGAGGGCGAGGCAGAAUCCAGAACGAAUGAGCGCUAACCCUGAGAUUUAGAAAGGGGCAGCUCCGGCCUUUCGGUUUUUCUCUGCAUGUGGUGAAUGCAUCGGCCGGCUCCCUCCCGCGUCCCUCGGCCUGUCUCAGUUGACUUCUUUUCUUUCUUUCUGCUUUUUUCCUGCGUGGGAAGGGAGUGAGGGGGCAGCCCGGUCCUGACUUGCAAGUUUGGAAAUCGAUCUUUCCUUCCCCGCCAGAGAGCUGUCUUCGAUGCCGUUUCUGCCUCCGAUGAUGCCCACUAACAUCAUUUUUAAGAUUCUUACCUCCCUCCUGCAUUUUUUCAGACUGACUGCUGAAGUCUGGUUCUUAACGGCAAAGCAGGGGGACAUCCAAUCAGCCAAACAUUGGAAACAGAACCCAAAGCCCUAGAAUUUUUUUACUCUUUUUAGAAUUUUUCUGCAUGUGACAGAGACAGGAGGAGGCCGACCCAGGUCCUCUUCCCCAGCUCCUCCGCAAGCUGGGUCUCUCCCCGUCUAACACCCCACUCCUAGUUCCACUUUGUCAGGAAAGGGUGGCCUGGUGAGGAUGGGUCUGGCGUGCCCUUUUCCUGCUCCUGCCCUGCCCUCUCCUCUGCGGACUGUACUCGA